AUGGGAGGCUGCUGCGCUUAGCGUUCAAAAUAUGAAGGUCAGCAAGAUGAUCAGGUCAAGCUAGUAAACUAGUUACCAACCUAUGAAAAUAUCUCCAAGAUUUACAAUGAGCUUGAACUGCCUAAGCCGAUUGAUAUAUAUCUCUAGCAUAAGAAGGAGCGACUUUUGUUUAUGAUAAUUAACCUACUGAGAGUGAGACCAAAGAUCUUCAUGCAGCAAAUGCAGAACUUCAAAAUCAAGUGCAACAUGCGUUAAAAACCUAAAAACUUGGUCUUUAUUGCUGAUGAUGUUUAGACUGCUAUGGAGUUCUUGUUUAAUUAUAAUCCAGUAUAACCAUUAGAAAUGAAUAAGGAUCUAUGCCAGUUGUGUAGGAAUCCAAAAGAUCAGUCUGCAUUCUAGCUUCUUAAGCAUAAUACUCCAUAAAGAUAAGGUAGUUGGGCAGCUGAUGAGGGCUAUGAUUCAAGCUCUAGCCUUGGUGAAGGCAAAAGGAAUAGAAGCAGAUCAUCAUCAAGGUCAAGGUAAAUUUAAACUAGCAGAGAAUAGACUAAAGAGUAGUUACGCCAACUUCUAAAUAAAGGAGAAGACAAGGGAAAACGAAACAUUCAGUAGCUUCAGAUUUCCCGUCUUGACACUUUUACCAGUCUAAACACUUCUAAAAAUGGGCCUUAUAAUACUUAGCCUGUGGAACGAAGACCUAAGAUCAAGGGCGCAAAAGAAAUGGUGAUAGACUUUAUAUGUAGAGAGGACUUAGUACUUACAACGUUGAAAGAGUUUUUCGAAAUAUUCAUUUCAAGCAUUAAAAAAGAUUAAGUGUUCCAUACUGAAUUGCUGAACCCCUAAUUCAAAUAUAUUGGUCUAUCAAUGUAGUUUAGCUCUUAAACAUCCAUAUCCACCUUGAAGAUCUUCUUGGCUCAAUCAGUGGAGAAAAAUGAAUGA